AUGCGCAAUUAUCUUUGGUUAGCAGUGCUCCUGGUGGUGGCCGCCACCACAGCGUGCGUCAAGGCCAAGCCGGUGGUCUCCUUCGGUGUCAGCUAUCAUCAGCCCUAUCUGGGACCCCAGCCUGGACCUUAUUACUACGGUGGACCUUAUCAGGGAGGCAACUACUACAACAGCGGUCCGGGACCGUAUGGCUACCCUUAUCCCUAUGCCAAUCGCUAUGGUUUCGAGUAA